AUGUACGAAGGGAUUGACAACCUGAAAUCCCUUUACGACCGUGCCGGGAAGACUUUCUCCGGCGGUCCUUCUGCGGCACAGGAUGUGCCGCGUCGUACUGCUCAACCAGACCCAGUACGUCGAUCAUCAGUUGGGAGCGGGGCUCCCAAGAAUCCCAGGACGGGGGAUAGCCGCGCCACCGGACGAGAUAACUCGUCCGACGUCCGUUCACGUCGCGGUGGUUCAACAGCUGCUCAACUAGAUAGCGCUGGCCACCGCGAGAGUCCUCUAAUGGAGGUGGAGGAGGAGGAAAGACGCUCUCCACACGAUCAUGGGGAUCCGUGUGUUCCCGAGAGCUCUUCUUUGAUCGCGUAA